AUGGGCGAUAUCAUCCCUCAAUCUAUCCCUCGUACCUCUCGUGCGUGGGCAGUCCCAGGCUCUACCAACAUCAUCCCAGCCAAAUUCCCCUCUGCCUCGCCAAAGCCCACAAGUUCCGACCCGCAAGAAAUUGCCACCAGCGUAGUCAACGCGUUCAACAAGGCCCUGCAGAGCAAAGACUACCCCGCUUUAUCUCAACUCUUCACAGACGACGGCUUCUGGCGCGACCACCUUGCGCUCACUUGGUCUUUCCGAACAGUCCAAGGCCCAAACAAUAUUUUGUCAUUUCUAAAGGCCUCUUCCGAAUCAAAGAAUGGCUUUCGCUUGGCCAACAUCGGUCUCGAUACGACCUCUGCAUUGAGAAAGCCUCAAGCCAUCCCUAUCGACGGCAAGGGUGAGGUGCAAGGCAUUCAAUUCUUUUUCACGAUCGACACCGUUCUGGGUACAGGAUUGGGUAUUGCGCGAUUGGCAGAGGUCAAUGGACAGUGGAAGAUUUUUACAUUUUACACCCGCAUCAACGACCUCAAAGGCCAUGAAGAAACUGUCAACGACCAUCGACCUCGCGGCGUUGAGCAUGGUGGUAUGCCUGGUCGAAAGAACUGGGCUCAGCGAAGGGCCGAGACGGCUGAAUUCAAGAAAGACGACCCAGCUGUUCUGAUCAUUGGUGCUGGCCAGGCUGGUCUCACAGCUGCUGCCCGACUCAAGAUGCUGGGCGUCGAAGCCUUGGCAAUCGACCAGAAUGACCGUGUAGGCGACAACUGGCGAAAGCGAUAUCACCAGCUCGUCCUUCACGACCCGGUCUGGUAUGACCACAUGCCCUACCUCCAAUUCCCGCCUCAAUGGCCCAUCUUCACGCCAAAGGACAAACUGGCUCAGUUCUUUGAGGCAUACGCUACCCUUCUUGAACUCAACAUCUGGAUGAAGACAUCUCUUAUCGACACUAAGUGGGACGAGGCUACCAAGACCUGGACUGUCACUGUUGAGAGGAAGAACGAUGAUGGCACGCUUGAGAAGCGAACAUUCCACCCUCGUCACAUCAUCCAGGCUACUGGUCACUCUGGAAAGAAGAACAUGCCCGAUAUGAAGGGCAUUUCCGACUUCAAGGGUGAUCGUCUUUGCCACUCAUCUGAGUUCUCUGGUGCGAAGGAGAACAGUCAGGGUAAGAAGGCCAUCGUUGUAGGCUCUUGCAACUCAGGACACGAUAUUGCCCAGGACUUCCUUGAGAAGGGCUACCAUGUAACAAUGGUCCAGCGAUCCACCACCCACGUCGUUUCCUCAAAGGCAAUCACCGAUAUCGGUCUCAAGGGCGUCUACUGCGAAGACGGUCCUCCCGUCGACGAUGCCGAUCUCCUCAUUCACGGACUCCCCAUCCCCGUCUUCAAAGCCCUCUCUGUUGAAACCACCAAGAAGCAAGCCGAAUGUGACAAGGAUAUUCUUGACGGCCUCGACCGCGCCGGAUUCAAGGUGGACGCCGGCCCAGACGGUGCGGGACUCUUGAUGAAGUACUUCCAGCGCGGAGGAGGCUACUACAUCGAUGUCGGCGCAUCGCAACUCAUCGCUGAUGGCAAGAUCAAGGUGAAGCACGGACAGGAGAUUGAGACUGUGCUUCCUCACGGUCUUCGAUUCGCCGAUGGCACGGAGUUGGAGGCUGACGAGAUUGUAUUCGCAACAGGAUACCAGAACAUGCGAACACAGUCGAGGACCAUGUUUGGUGACGCUGUUGCCGACAAGGUGAAUGAUGUCUGGGGUUUCAACGAGGAAGGUGAGAUGAGAACUAUCUGGCAGAAGAGUGGACUUCCAGGCUUCUGGUUCCACGGUGGAAACUUGGCCAUGUGUCGGUAUUUCUCUAAGCUAUUGGCUUUGCAGAUUAAGGGUUUGGAGGAAGGAUUGUAUACUUAUGAUGAUAUCUGA